GAAAUCUUAUACGAAGACUAGGCGUUCUCGAUUAAGGCUACUCCAUCUACUUAUCAUCAUUGGGUACCGCUGACGAGUGGUUCGAUUUAUAGUUUGUGAUCAACCGGCCCCAUUUGACGACAUCAUAUGCAGAUCUUCACAUAAAGUCAUCCCUCACUUCAUAUUCUUUAAUCUCCAUAUUUGUUGUCUUCAUCGACCCCAAUCUUUUCUUUUCAUCUGCUCUAUCAUUGUUUCUAUCUUACCCCUUCAUACACCCAAACGGAAACAUAAACCUUCACAUAUUUCAUCAUGAGAGGCGGCGGCGUUGCACUCAAAGCCCUUCAAUGGUUUCUUCGUGGUGUGGAAUUCUGCUGCUCGGUUAUCAUUCUUGGAAUCUUUGCCUAUUUCCUAGCCAAACUCUCUACGAAUAAUCUUCCAAUCGCCACUUACAUCAAAGCCGUCGAAGGCAUUUCUGGUUCAGGUGCACUAUAUACAGUUCUCGGACUCAGUCUCCUCUGCUGUGUCGCCGGUUUGAUGUUCUUUUCCAUCAUCGCCAUCAUUCUCGAUUUCUGCUUCACUGGGGCAUUUAUCUAUGUAGCUUAUGCUACUAGAGAUGGCAGAUCAUGUUCCGGAUAUGUGAAUACACCUUUGGGCAAUGGAAUUUCUGCCACGAAUCAAAGACUUUCUGGAGUUGGGGCCUUGAGAGAUACAUCUCUGCCUAGUUUGUCCAACAGCUGUAGAUUGAAUACAGCUUGUUUUGCUGUUUCAAUUGUCGCUGCUGUUUUCUUCUUCAUUUCAAUCUUUGUCGAAUUGGCUCUCAUCAAGCACCACAAAAAAGAAAAGGCAUUCGGUCCAUCUCCCAACAAUGGCUAUACAGCCGGCAGAACCCGUGGUAGAUUCUGGCCAAGACGUCAACGAGCCCACGAUGGCGAAUACAUGGCUGGAGGAAUCGGCUCGGAAAAGCCAGAUGCAUUGCCCGUCCAUUCUAGUCCUAAUGAUGUGAGGACCUCAAAUGCUACGGAUGCAACCAUGGUAGCACGAACUCACGAAGGUUAUGGUUCACAAACGGGAUAUGGACAUUCUCCUGUAUCCCCAGUCGUUGGUACUCAUGGUCAUCAGGUUAACGGUGUGGACUAUGGUUCAAGCCCGGCGACGUAUGCACCACCCAAUGCAACAGAGAUGCCAACUGAGGGGUACAGAGGAACUCAUCAAUACCAAAACUCCAAUGGUACCUUCUAGUUAUUGUAUGAGCGGUAACCUAGAUACAAGAGAUGGAGCUGGGAUGAAAGGAAUCAGGCAAAGACCUGCACAACACAUUGCAAUUUGGCUGAUUACAUUUCUCCAAAGUUGACAGUACUGUAUAUAUGUUUGUAACGAUACCAUGAUAUAUUUUAAUGCGUAAUAAUUAAGUUUCUUAUCA